UCAGCAAAAUGUUGCAUUUUAUUUAGGCUUGUUCCUGCUUGGUUAAUGAAUGUGAUGGGCAUUGUUCUGUAAAUGUGUGAAUUUUAUUAAUGAAACCCUGAUUGUGGAUGGUAUGAUGAAGAAUGACACACGCGUGCAUGAACAGCUACCCAUCCACCGAUAUGGCGUGUUAAACCAAUUGAAUAAAUUCUAACUCCCCUCUGCCUUCUAUACAUUUGCACUUAAGAAAAAAAAAAGGGGAAGGCUGCUGAGCAAUGAGCCACGUGGUUCAAAGUGCGCUUGCCGCCGUCAGUUUCGGAUCAGGGUAAGAGAAGACAUAGCCUCGCUGGCUUUCAGUUUGGGCCAUACAGGUCACUGAACCAAAAUUUUGGAUUUAAAAAGCUGAAUGUAAGAAGAAGAAAAAGGGAGACCGUAUUGUGUUUAAGUUACAAAACCACAACAAAGCAGUUGUGGUAUGUAACUUCACUUCUUGAAAAGCUAAGAUGGAAAAUCUAUCAGUCUACCACGGACCCAUUGGAAAGAAGGAGGGCGAGAGGCGACUGGCUCUGGAUGGACGCGAUGGAUGCUUCUUGGUGCGAAACAGUGACUCUGUACCCGAUGUCUACUGCCUUUGUGUGCUGUGCAACGGAAUUGUCUUCACAUACAGACUUCAACAACAUGAUGGAGGAUCAUGGGCCGCAGAUACGAUUCCUGGUGUGCCGAAACGACAUUUCCGUAAAAUCAAGAACUUGAUCGCAGCUUUCCAGCAGCCCGGACAAGGAAUUGCCAUCCCUCUGCUUUACCCUGUCACUGCCCAGGGAUGGGUACAAACACCCACAGAGGUGCAGACGCCCAGUAAUAGCCUGUCACCACCACACAGCAGCUCGAGUACUCUCCUCCAGUCGUAUGUUGCUCAGGGACAGGAAAAUGAGGGGAAAAAUGUGAUGGGAACUCUUGGCUAGCCACAAGGUACAGUACAAUAUAUUUGAAGUAUUCAUUUCAAACUCAACUUCUGAUUGUCUUUUGACACUGUCAUGUUUUGUUGAUACAGAAGGUCUCUAUUCAAGCCCUCCUCUUCAAUCACUUUCAAUCAAAAUGCACUCAAUUAAUGUUAUUUAAUGCGGCUUAGUUCCCAUUUUACAGCUUUAACUAAAUGUGUGUGUCAAAAUAUAUUCAUAUGAACCGUUUUGCAUUCAUGCAGAGUGAAUCAAUUCAAAUGUUCAGCAAAGAUACCAAUUCAUCAAAUAAAAAAACGAUGAGUAACUGUGGGCCUCACUGAA